GCGCCGCACACCAUCCGAUCGCUCUUCGCCCAAGCGGAGAGCCCCUCGCGCGUGCUCGUCGGCGUCUGCUUCCAGUUCGCCCCGGGGUGGGACGCAGAGCUGCUCGCCAUGCUCAAACGCUGCGCCUCUCCGAAGCCCGUCCUGACCACGUACCCGCUGCCGUACGACGGGGACGCGCAGGGAGCCACCCUCUCGCAGGAGCGGCGCGCCACCCUCCUCUGCACGCGCGCCGCCAGAGACGACGCCUUCGGCGCCGACGGGAUGCUGCGCUUCCGGGCGCGGCUCCUCGAGCGGCAGCCGUGCAGCCCGCUCCCCACGGCCUUCUGGGCGGCGGGCUUCUCCUUCUCCGCCUCCUCCCUCGUGCCAUACGACCCGCACCUGCCCUUCCUCUUCUUCGGCGAGGAGGCGCACCUCGUCUACCACAAGUGGGCGCGAGGGCAGCGCAAGGGCACCUUUUGGGAGGUCGAGGGGGGCGCCGCCCUCAAGCGCGAGAGCCAGGCGAGGGUGCGACGGUUGCUCACCGGCUUGCCGCUCCACGGCGGCGCGGAGGAGCGCCCGACGGCCGGCGAGGGCGCCGCGGGCGGAGAGGCGGCCGCGGGUGGAGAGGCGGCCGCGGAGGCCGCCGCCGCCCUCGCGGGGGUGCAGGGCCCCGGUGACCCGAUCUGGGGCGUCGGCGACGUGCGCAGCCGCGAGUGGUACGAGGAGUACUCCGGCGUGCGCUUCGAGGCCAAGCAGGUGAGCGCGCAGGCGGAGCGCGGGGGCAUGCCGACCGAGGCGUGCUUCUGGAACCAGUUCGCCUGUCUCGACGCUUGGCUGCAGGCGAGGGAGGCGCAACACCCGGAGGAGUGA